CGGCAACCUCGGACAGGGCAACAGCUGCGGGCCGGGCGAAGGCUGUCAUGGCUCCGACUGAGGGCACGGCCAGCACAAACAGCUGGAAGCGAAGGACACCAAGGACUCGGGCCAUCUCAAAGAUGAACAGCACGGCCACUUGGACUGGGAUUCCUGCUCCCAUUCCGGAUAUUUUUUCAUCUCAGCAGCAGGUGGCAGCCAGGGUGGGGGACAUUCACCAGAGACUCGUGUCCCGUGUCACUGCGGACACGGGGCUGGAAACAGACUUUCUGAGCCUGGCUGAAGAACACCCUGCUAAUGUGGUGAUGAGCCUCCUGCGCUGUGCCCCAUCCUGUGACAGAGCUGCUGUACUGAUGUGGAGAAGCAUCGGCACGUCAAGACCCGCAGUGCAGAAGGUGCUUCCAGCACUGUUCUCUGUGAUAGAGGACAGGCCACUGUACAGUAUGUUUUUCUACAGUGGGGAUAACGAGGCCGUCUUUGCCCUGGCUGCAACUGUGGUGCUGUGGAAGAUUGCCCACAUGUCCGAGUGGCACGACGCAGUAGUCCUUCAUUCGGCCCAGCUGUUUGUGGCUCUGCUCUUCCAAGUUUUCUCCACCACAGAGCAGAUACCAGAAGAGGUUGAGGACUUCUGGAGAGCGUGCCAGGAGGAACACCGCCUUCCCACCAAGCCUAACAGGUUUGCAGUGCAGGCCGUGAAGGCUCUGCUCUGCCAACUGGGCUUUGAGAACAAGCUGGUGGCUCUGGAGUGCAAGCAGGUCUGGGACACCCUGCUCUGUGCCGACACCCAGCAUUAUGCAGUAGGUCUGCUGGCCAGGGAGAUGCGCCGUGGCUUGGCCCCCUUGUGUUCCCGCAUCGCCUUGCACCUGCUCAGCCUGCUCAUCAGGAAGCAGCCACGCUGGCAUCUGCCUGCCCUGGCGUUCUUGGUGGAGCUCCUGGAGUGUCUGGACUUGAGCAAACACGGUCACAGUGCCCUGUCGGUCGUAUCCAGGCACCUGCCCAGCGAGUGCAGGGACAGGCUGCGCCUGGAGCUCAGAGGCCUCGUGGUGCUCAGCAAGGAGCCCUCGCUGAGUGGAGGAAUACGUGGCCUGUAUCAACACCUGCUGGAGCAGCUGGCUGAUCCUGAUGCAGAGAUGGUCGGGAUGAUCCUCUCCGUGCUUACAUAUAUGCUCCAGGAGAAAGACCUCAAGAUACCCGGCAUCAUCGCCCUGAAGCUGGCUGAACCACUCCUGCCACACUUUGAGAAUGAGAGCAGCCAUGUGCAGCUGCUCUCCAUUCAGCUCUUCAGCAAGGUGAUGGAGCUGGUAGUGGAAGAGGGCAAAAAGCCUUUGACAAGAAUUGUGAGCCGCAGCCUGCUCCCUCUCUUCUUCUGCUGGCACAAUGAGAACCGGCGUGUGGCCAAGGCCUCUUUGGAAACACUGCUUUGUGCGGCCCGGUUCCUGAGGAGGAGGGACAUGGAGGAGCUGCUGAGGAAGGAGCAGCGGAUGAAGUUUGCCGAGCACCUGGUAAGGAGAGCCUGGAAGCACCAGCCGCGGGCUGGAGAAGCCCCCUGGCCCCGGUGCUCAGUGUGCGGGGCUGGCAGCUGUGUCCCUGCCCAACGCUGCCCCCGGGGCCGCCAGCCCGCGCCCCGCACGCCGCUCCCUGCCCUGGGCCGUGUGGGCUGGCUCGGCCGGUGCUGGGCGCAGGGAGCGCCCGGCCGAGGGGCAGAGCCCAUGCCGAGCCUUUGCUCCCCGCAGCUGCUGCAGGACGCGAGCCGAGUGGCCGAGCACCUGCGCUGGGCCCUGCCGCGCCUGCAGAGCCCGCAGCGGCCCCUGCGAGAGGCGGCCGUCAGGAUCAUCGGUGAGCCAUGA